UUAGCAUCUCGAUAUCUCGAUCAUCUGCUUCAGCGUGAAGAUUGCUGCAUUCCUUGUUUAUAUUUGUAAAUAUAUAUAUAUAUUUACGCUAUGUCUCUUUUAACUGUUUUACGUUUAUCACGAAUCGGAGGAAAUGUUGUCGUUCCUGCACAGUACGCGAUACAGACAAAAAAUUAUGCAGCUCCAAUCGAUAAGAGGAAACAGAGAGUGAUGAAAAGUCAAAAAAUACACUUACCAGUUGAAAAGGAUGUCAAUAAGUUAAUAAAUUACUGUUGUGGAUCAAAUAUUUAUAAAGAAGGAGAAGACAUCAAACUGAAGCCGGAUUCUGAGUAUCCUGAAUGGCUGUGGAAUAUUAGGACAGAACCACCAAAAUUGUCAGAUCUAGAUCCAAAUACAAAACAAUAUUGGAGAUACAUUCGUAAAAGAGCACUUCUGAGGAAGAAUCAAAUGCUAAAAUUUAUAAGACCCAAAUAUCAUUAAUUCAACAUACAGAGAAAUUAUAUAUACUUUCAACAUUUGAAUGAAUUUCUUCAUAUUGCAGUAAUUUAGUAGCAAGGAAUACAUUAUGUCAAAAAUGAUCAUUUAUUAAGAAUGUACAUAAAUAAAUUAUUAACUCUGUAUAAAACAUUUUAUUUGAA